AUGAGAGUCCAGAUUGCAAGGCUACCAUAUGCACAUCCUCAUUCUGGUGAGCGAUACUAUUUGAGAAUGUUGCUGCAUAAAAUUCGUGAUGGACGAAGUUUUGAACAUGUGAGAACUAUUGAUGGAGUUGUGCAUCCAACAUUCAAAGCUGCAUGUGCAGCCCUUGGUCUUCGAGAUGAUGCUAAUGAGUGGAAUGAAGCUUUAGCUGAAGCAUCUACAUGGCGUCACUGGAAAAGUAUGACAGAUGAUUUGCAAUAUCAGAUCAGAAGGGAUAUGGGAAACUCUCAAAUACGCAUUGAAGAUGAUGAGUUACAAAAUUUGGAAUUAGUUGAACUCGAACUCAUUUUGAAUAAAAAUUGUCAAUCUUUAUUAGAUUUUUCACCAAUGCCAUUGCCGUCAUUUGAAAAUGCUCAGUUUUCCAUGAAUAGACUUGUAAGAGAAGAGCUUGAUUAUGAUUUUACAUCAGAGCAGCAAUUAUUUGAUAAUUUAUAUGCUAGUUUGAAUGAGGAUCAAUUGAAAGCAUAUGAUCUUAUUAUGGAAUCAUACACACAUAAUCACGGAGGACUAUUUUUUGUGUAUGGAAGUGGUGGGAUAGGUAAAACUUAUUUAUGGAGAACAUUGAUUGCUCGAGUUAGAUCGCAAAGAAAAAUUGUUCUUUCAGUUGCAUCAUCAGGCAUUGCUACAAUACUCUUACUGGGUGGAAGGACAGCGCAUUCACAUUUCAAAAUUCCUAUUAAUUUGGAUAAGUCAUCAAGUUGUUCAAUCAAUAAAAAUUUUGACUUAGCCAAAUUAAUUAGAGAGACAUCUUUGAUAAUUUGGGACGAAACUCCAAUGACACAUCGACAUGGAUUUGAAGCGGUGGAUAGAACUUUAAAGGAUAUCUUAAAGUUGAGUGAAAAUGAUUCUGAGGAUCGUAUUUUCAGAGGAAAAUUAGUUGUUUUGGGCGGUGAUUUUCGACAAACAUUACCGAUUGUUUCUAAAGGUAGGAGAGAAGCAACAGUAUCAGCUACAAUAAUGUUUCGAAACAAGAUGGAAUGUAAAGAUGUAAUUGGUUUAGUUGUAUCUGUUGGUUCACACUAUCAAACAUCUAUCAAUGAUAAAACUAAGUGUGACAUACUUUUACUUGACAAAAGGUUUGAGAAUGAUAAAUAUGCUCAGAAAUUAGUGCAUGGUUGCGGUCAUGCAAUUUUACAAUGUCCCAAGCAUUGUUGA